AUGUCUUCGUCAAUAAUUAAAACAGAGAAAGACGAUGAUGAGCCAGAAGCUUUACGAGCUUUUGGGCUCGGAAAAUUUGUGCCGAGCGACGAUGGCAGUGGUUUAAUUUCAAGAAAAGAUAAAAAUAGAAACAAUGGUAGUAGUAGUAAUAAUAAACAAUUUAAUUUAAUUAAUUAUUCAAGAACAAUGAUAUCCAUGAAAAAACCAGCAGAAGAAGAAUGGGAAAUGCUUGAAGAAGGUCGUGAUGGUAAUAGUAGUAACGCUGAAGAAUGGGAUGAUGACUGGGAUUAG